UUCAACUAAACUCAUUCAUUAUGUCACCUCUGCAACUCAUCUCAAUCUUCCUACUUCUCCCACCACUAAUACUCUCCGCCGCGCUACAUGCCAAACAUGGAUGCCUGGACCAGUGUGGAGAUAUGGUGAUUCCAUAUCCAUUUGGAGUUGGGACAAAUUGCAGCCUCAACCCAUAUUUUGAGAUCAACUGCGAUUCUUCCACUCACCCUCCAAAAGCUUACCUCUCCAUUAAUAAUAUUAAGAAAGAAGUGAUUGAGUUCAAUCAAACUUACAUUCGGAUCAAAAGCCCCUUCAUGCUUUCAGCUUGCUAUGAUCAGUCAACGGGCAAACAACAUAGUAUGACUAUGAACUUGUCGGGAACUCCCUAUAUGCUUUCGGAUGGAAACGUGCUCACUGCCUUCGGGUGUGAUGAUAUGGUGCUGCAAUCCAACGGAAGUUCAACCGUUGGCGGCUGCUCGGCGUUUUGUGCAGAAAAGAGUGAUGCCGGCUUCGGAGAUUGCCACUAUAAUGGCUGUUGCUAUCAAGACCUAUUCACCGGAACAACUUUCUUGGAAGCAGAACUUAUUGACGUGAGCGGAAAAUCACUACGUGAAAAGCUUUUCCCAUGCAGCUAUGCUUUCAUCCAGGAGGCAAAAUGGAAUGAAACCAUAUAUUCAUAUCCAUUGUACUACCUCAAUAACUCAACGGCAUUGGUAAACGAUGACUGGGCAUCUGCAACAAGGCCACCGGUAGUGCGCUUGGACUGGCUCGUUGGGGCUGAGAACUGCAGCCGAUCUAAGAAUUCCAACACUUACGCAUGCAUACACGAAAAGAGUGUUUGUGUUGAUUAUAGAGAAACCUAUCUCGGUGUUAAAGGAUAUACAUGUAGCUGCGUGCAAGGGUACGAGGGAAAUCCUUACUUACAGGGAGGAUGCCAGAAAAUUUCCUCUUCAAGUUCAAUUGCCAAACGUGGAUGCAUGGAUCAAUGCGGGAAAGUAUCGAUUCCAUUUCCAUUUGGUGUGGGUUCAAAUUGCUCCUUGGGGCCAUCUUUUGAAGUUGUUUGCAAGAAGGACACCAACCCCGCGAAACCCUACCUCCCUCUUUUGAACACUGAAAUCGCUGAGCUGAACUCAUCGAAAAUCAUUGUCAACUACAUGAACCUAUCUUCAAAUUGCAACAAUUGGACAGACUAUCAAGUUGAGCCAAGAUUAACAAUUAACUUGUUGGAAACGCAAUAUAGAUUUUCAGAUGACAACUGGAUCACCGCCAUUGGCUGCAAUGUUAUGGCUGUCGGGGUUAUUAGAGAACGCAAACAAAGUUCUAUUCGCAGCAGCUGCGCAGCCAUUUGCUCUGAAUUCUAUGAUCGCAGUGAUUACGGAUUGUGCUAUUAUGAACCAACAUCUUUUGCAGGAGAUGGUUGUUGCAGAGUUCCAAUUCCAAGAGGUACAACUUACCUUGAAUCAAAUUUGACCCAUCUCAGUGAGGAACGGACAAGUGCCAAUAUUUCUUGCAGCUACGCCUUCAUUCAAUACACUGAAAAAAUAAAUGCAAAUGAUCGUAAUAGAAGGGUAUUCAGAUUUAUGAAUUACUCAAACCCGAUCCAACUCAAUGCUUUGCCAAGCAUGGCAUUGGAUUGGAGGAUCGGAAGGAUGAAUUGCAAAGAAGCACGGAAGGAUCUCACUAACUUCGUCUGCCGAGAUAAUAGUGAUUGUGUUGAUUUUGAUGCUACGCUUGGAGGGUACCUUUGCAACUGCUCCAAAGGAUACACAGGCAAUCCCUACCUCAAUCCAGGAUGCCAAGAUAUUAAUGAAUGCGCUGAUGAUUCAACUAAUACAUGCGUCUCGAACUCAAUUUGCGAAAAUGUUCUGGGGACAUUUCACUGUUCGUGUCCGAAAGGGUACAUUGGUGAUGGGAAAAAAGAUGGCACAAAUUGCAUUCUGCCACCGCCUUCCAAAACCAAGAUGACUAUCUUGACAGGUAUAGGCUCUGGAUUGGGGUUUCUUCUUCUAGUUUCAGUGUUCUUUUGGUUGUAUAAAUUGUUGCGAAAGAGAAAGGAAAGAAUGGUAAAAGAUAAAUUCUUCAAGCGAAAUGGUGGUCUUCUUUUGCUUCAACAGACGAAUGAAGGUGCACUUGGAAAAACAAAAGUUUUCCCUGCAAAAGAGUUGGAGGUGGCUACGGAUAACUUUAAUGGGAACAGAAUUAUUGGACAAGGAGGGCAAGGCACUGUCUACAAAGGAAUGUUGUAUGAUGGUAAGAUUGUUGCGAUAAAAAAAUCAAAGUUGGUGGAGGUGAAUCAGUUGGAACAGUUCAUAAAUGAAGUGGUGAUACUAUCACAGAUCAAUCAUAGGAAUGUGGUCAAACUAUUGGGGUGUUGUUUGGAGACUGAGGUUCCUCUCCUCGUUUAUGAAUUCAUGCCAAAUGGGACACUUUUUGAUCUAAUUCAUGAUCCAAGUAGUGAAUUUCCAUGUACAUGGAACAUGCGUUUGAAAAUUGCAGCAGAUAUAGCAGGUGCGGUAGCGUACUUACACUCUGCAUCUUCUGUGCCUAUCUAUCACAGGGAUAUCAAGUCUAGUAAUAUCCUUCUAGAUGAAAAAUAUGUUGUCAAAGUAUCAGAUUUUGGAACUUCGAGGUCCGUUGCUACAGAUCAGACUCACUUAACUACUCUGGUUAAAGGCACGUUUGGAUAUUUAGAUCCUGAAUAUUUUCGGUCGAGUCAAUUCACAGAGAAGAGUGAUGUUUAUAGUUUUGGGGUAGUUCUUGUCGAGCUUCUUACUGGGCAAAGGCCAAUAUCUCUUGUUAAAACAGAAGAGGAAAGAGGCCUAGCGACCCGGUUCCUUGUAUGCAUGGAAGAAGAAUGUAUGGACACAAUUUUAGAUCCAAAAGUUCGGGAGCAAGGAAGAAAGGAAGAGGUGACCCUAGUUGCAAAGCUUGCACAAAGAUGUUUACACUCGAAAGGGAGAAUGAGACCAACUAUGAAAGAAGUUGCUAAUGAAUUGGAAAGUUUUAGGAUGUCUGAAAUGUCGAGUGGUGUUAACGUUGAAUCAGAAGAUGUGAGAUCGUUUGAAGAUAUGUCUGCGAUGAUUUCAGACACUGAGUACACAUGGACCAACAGUUAUAAGAGUGCUUUCACAUCAUCAUCAGAAACACAUCCGUUAGUGUUAUUUGAAAGUGCAUCAUAA